CACUCUUUCCCUUUGGCAUGCCACUGAAGAUACUGGUGUCGCCAUGGGCCGCCGCCCUGCCUGGUGUUACUGGUACUGUAAGAACAAGCUAUACCCAAAGUCACGCUUCUGUCAAGCUGUACCUGAUGCUAAGAUCCACAUCUUUGACCUGAUGGAAGAGGCAAAAGUGGAUGAGUUCCCAGUCUAUGGCCACAUGGUGUCAGAUGAGUAUGAGCAGCUUUCCUCUGAAGCCCUGGAGGCUGCCCGUAUCUGUGCCAACAAGUACGUGGUGAAAAGCUGUGGCAAAGAUGGUUUUCAUAUUCGAGUGCAGCUCCACCCUUCCGUGUCAUCCACAUCAACAAGGCUCCAGACGGGUAUGCAGGGUGCCUUUGGAAAGCCCCAGGGCACGGUGGCCAGGGCCCACAUUGGCCAAGUCAUCAUGUCCAUCUGCACCAAGCUGCAGAACAAGGAGCAUGUGAUUGAGGCCCUGCGCAGGGCCAAGUUCAAGUUCCCUGGCCGCCAGAAGAUCCACAUCUCGAAGAAGCGGGGACUUACCAAGUUUAAUGCAAAUGAAUUUGAAAACGUGGUGGCAGAAAAGUGGCUCAUCCCGGAUGGCUGCGGGGUCAAAUACACCCCGAAUCGUGGUCCCCUGGACAAAUGGAGGGCCCUGCACUCAUGAGAACCUUGGCGCUGUCCCCUCCUUUCUCACAACCACCAAUAAAUCCUAUUUUCCUUUCAAAAAAAAAAAAA